AUGGCUAUGCAGUUUAGGAAGCCUAAACGAAACCUACGUGUCAGAGACUCUGACGGUCUCCAAGACAAUGAAAAUGAAGAAAAAAUGGAUGUUGAUACAGUACUGAAAAUGCCAAAACCACAAAAAGAAAAGACAUUAAAGAAAGUUAACACUUUGAGUUUUGGAGAUGAGUUAAAUGAAUGUGAUGAUGGCGAAGAAUUCAAAGUUAAAAAAUCAUCAUAUAGUAAAAAAAUUAAAAAACAAAUGAAUAAAGAAAAAAUGGGUCGAGAUAAAGUAGAAAAUGGCAAAAAAUCAAAAGUUAUUCCUGAUACAAUGAAACCUAUUGUCGGUGAAAAACAAACAAACUUUAAUUCUAAACCUGUUGAAAAGGAAAUAAUGCUUACAGGCCGAGCUGCUGAAAUGGCCGGCUAUGUAUCAUCAGAUGAAGAACCUGAUUCAUACAGUUCUUCAUCUCAUCGAUUUUCUAAUCCUGACCAAGUUAAAAUAAUAUUAAAAAAGGGACAAAUUCCUGAUGCAGCAUUAAUUCAUGCCGCUCGAAAACGGAGACAACAAGCACGUGAUUUGGGAGAAGAUUUUAUACCAAUAUCCUCACAAUCUCAUAAUGAAUCCAAAGUUGAUAAUGAACAAAUUACUGGUCGACGUUUAACACGAGAAGAAGAUGAAUUAGAAGAUAGUGAUGAUGAUGGUAUUAUUGUUAUGUCGGGAAUUGUUAGUCAAGCUGAGGAUCGAAAAAAAAGUUUACACACUACGAUGGCUGAUCACUCUAACAACACUGAGUUUGAAGACCCUGAUGAACUUGACGAAGAUAAUGAUUGGGAAACUCAACAAAUAAGGAAAGCAGUAACGGGAUCACAAUUAGCUGCUGCACAACAGGAGUCUGCUGGCAUGGCUGCCAUGUACAACAAUAUGGUUAUACAAGAGCAAGCUAUGAUGCCAACAUUAAUAAAUCAAAAGCCUCGAUUCUCUGACUCGUACGCUCCACAAGCACCGAUGACUAUAAUGAAGCUAGAUGAUAUCAUAAAUAAAUCUAAAGAAAUAGUAAACGAGAUAAAAAAAAAUCAGAUACCAGAUCAGAAAUAUCAUGAAGAUUUGAUAAAUGAAAUACCAGAGAAUAAGAGUAGAAUUGAAAAGCUUAGAAAUAAUGUUCCCGAGUUGGAUGAUUGUUUUCAGUUUUAUCAAGAUUUGCGUGGGUACGUCACUGAUCUGGUAGAAUGUCUUGAUGAAAAGAUUCCUUCGCUUGUGGGAUUGGAGCAACGUAUAGCUAAGAUGUAUGAAAAGAGACGUACCGAUUUGAUAGCCCGGCGUAGACAAGAUGUUCGAGAUCAAGCAGAAGAAUCUUCAACUAAUAAAUUAGGAGUUUCAACAACACACACAAGAUCUGAAGAACAACAAAGAAGAGCUGCAGAGCGUGAAGGUCGUCGCAUCAGACGUAUGAGAAUGAGAGAAAUAAAAGCAAUAGGUAAACAUGCAGAUGGAAUGUCUAGCGAUGAAGAAGUUCCUGAAACAGAUGCAUCAGCAUUUAGAAAUCAAUUAGAGGUUAUUAAAAGUGACUCAAACCUGUUAUUGGACGAUGUUCUUGAGGAAUUUUCAUCAGUUGAUUUAGUGUUAAAACAUAUGCUAGAAUGGAAAAACAAGUAUUUGGACAGCUAUAUUGAAGCUUAUGUAAAUGUGUGUUUACCCAAGUUAGUGGGACCUUUUGUUCGUAUAGAAAUGCUUACAUGGAAUCCAUUAGAGGAUGAUCUGAAGUUAGAAGAUAUGUUUUGGUAUAAAAGUAUGCAAAAAUAUACCAUGAAAGGAAAUAAUAAUAUUGAUCAGUUGACAAAAGACGUUGAUUUGGAAUUAAUCCCAAAAAUUAUAGAAAAAGUUGUGCUCAUUAAAAUUGAUCAAAUGGUAACGAGUCAGUGGGAUCCAUUGUCGUCAAAACAGACUAAACAUAUCUGUAGUCUUGUUAAGCAUAUACUGGACGUGUACCCAACUAUUGAUCCAGACAGUAAAUUAUUAAUGAUGUUGAUGACCAAUAUAGUGGACAGAAUACGAGACUCUGUUGAUUAUGAUGUGUUUAUUCCGAUUUCCUCUAGACAAGUAAUGAAUACUGGUCGUAUGAAUGUAUUUUUUCAAAGACAGUUUAACAUGGCUGUAAAAUUAUUGGGAAAUAUACUGAGUUGGCAUCGAAUCAUUGAAGACGUUGUGUUAAUAGAUUUAGCCAUAAAUCAAAUACUCAACAGAUAUUUGUUGACAUCUGUUCGAACAUUACAGCCACUAGAAGCUAUUUUAAAAAUUACAAUGAUUGCUCGGAUGUUACCUAGUUCAUGGUUGUCAUAUGGAAACACUACCCCUAAAGAACUAACACCAUUUUUAAACCAGUCAAAAUUAGUUUCAAUAGAGAUAGAUAAGUCACAUCCACAGGCAAAGCUGGCCCUGGAUAAACUCAACGAAGUUCUCAGACUAUGACAUUUCAUUCUGACUCAUUCCAUCGGUAUAUCGUUUGUAAUGACUAAUGUACUAGUGAAAUUUAAAUAUUAAAAUUAUAUUUAAUUAAUUAUA